AUGGACUGGCCGCACAGCCUGGUUAUCCUUUUUGCUAUCUCCAUCUUCUUGGGGCUGGGCCAGCCCAGAAGCCCCAAAGGGGGCAAGAGGAAGGGGCAGGGACGCCCUGGCUCCCAGGACACUGGGCCUCCCCAAGUGCCGCUGGACCUGGUAUCUCGGGUGAAGCCCUUCACCCGCAUGGAGGAGUAUGAGAGGAAUCUUGGUGAGAUGGUGGCCCAGCUGAGGAACAGCUCCGAGCCGGCCAAGAGGAAGUGUGAGGUCAACCUGCAGCUGUGGCUGUCCAACAAGAGGAGCCUGUCACCCUGGGGCUACAGCAUCAACCACGACCCCAGCCGCGUGCCCGCGGACCUGCCCGAGGCGCGGUGCCUGUGCCUGGGCUGCGUGAACCCCUUCACCAUGCAGGAGGACCGCAGCAUGGUGAGCGUGCCGGUGUUCAGCCAGGUGCCCGUGCGCCGCCGCCUCUGCCCGCCGGCCCCGCGCGCCGGGCCGUGCCGCCAGCGCGCCGUCAUGGAGACCAUCGCGGUGGGCUGCACCUGCAUCUUCUGA